GAGCCUUAUCCUAGCGCUGCAGCCGCAUUCCCUGAGAGCGGUGGGCUGCGGGCUUGAGGUCGCACAGGGGAGAGGCGCGGAGUUCCACUGGGCUGUGGGACACGGGGAUGUUAGUGACGGUUCAUCCUGCACAUUUUCGACUGUCGAAAGGAUUUCUGUAUAAAUGCGUCGGGUUUUUUUUUUCUUCUUCACGGACUGCCUGUGCUGCCUAUCAACUAUUUUUUUGGAAGUUGUGUCAAGUUAGUUAGUUAGUUAGUUAGUUAGUUAGCAAGCUAUUUGUCUGCUGUAGCUACACAGUAGUGUCAUUAGCUAGCGUAGAAGUUACUCUGUGGUUAGCUAAUUGUUGUUCGCAUCAUGACCUAACGAAUAUCUUUAGACACGUUAAUGCUUUCCAGAUUGAUGUAUUAUACGAAGUCUCGUCGUUUAAAGUCUUAACAAAACACUUCCAUUGUUUAGUGUCUACCCAAGAGUUAACCUCAACUAGCACAAUCAAAGCGCUAGCCACUUAGCACAACAUGCUAGCUAGCAUAUUUUCAUUUGCUGCAGGAUUUUUGCUCACAUUAGCUGCUUGUAACCGAUACAGCUAAAGACAAAUUUAUAAUCAGUUGUAUUUAUCUAUCUCUCCCUCUCUCUCUAUAUAUAUAUAAUAUUUACAUACAGAAUAUUAAACAUGAACAGCACUGUUUAUUAAGAAGUAAGGAGUGUGAACAGUGGAGCGACAUCACGUCUAGAUAAACUGAUUUUUGUUUAAAUUUCUGACUCCAGAAAAUGUAGCAGACAAUAUUAAGUGAACGAAAUAAAUACAACUAAGCUAAAAAGAAACAGCUAGUUUUGUAGCUAAGGCGCUGUGAGCACACCAUGUUUGUCUGUUGUGUAUGAAUGGGAGCAUGAAGUGUUUUCUUCUGGAGCUUAGCUUAGCUUAGCUGUGUGUUUUUGUAGCCUCAGCACCGACGUGGCUAGCUGACUCCGUUUUUAAUGUCAGUGUUUAUAUUUUUAAUACAAUUCUGUCAUAUAUUGUAAAGGCAGCGACUGUCGCGUUUUUUUGAUCCACCAUGUCGGGGGAAGUUCGUUUGAAAAAGCUGGAAAAAUUGUUCCUGGAUGGUCCUGUCAAGUCUAACGGCCAGUGUUUCAGCGUCGAGACUCUUCUGGAUGUCCUCAUCUGCAUGUAUGAUGAAUGUAAUAAUUCCCCCCUCAGGAGAGAGAAGAACAUAACCGAGUUCCUGGAGUGGGCUAAACCAUUCACAACUAAAGUGAAACAGAUGCGACUACACAAGGAUGACUUUGAAAUCCUGAAAGUGAUUGGCCGAGGAGCGUUUGGGGAGGUAGCGGUCGUGAAGGUGAAGAACUCGGACAAGGUUUUUGCCAUGAAAAUUCUCAACAAGUGGGAGAUGCUAAAAAGAGCUGAGACUGCGUGCUUUCGGGAGGAGCGGGAUGUUCUGGUGAACGGGGACAGCCAGUGGAUAACAACACUACAUUAUGCCUUUCAGGAUGAUAACUUUCUGUAUCUGGUGAUGGAUUACUAUGUGGGUGGAGAUCUCCUGACGCUGUUGAGUAAGUUUGAGGACCGCUUACCCGAGGACAUGGCCCGAUUUUACCUGGCUGAGAUGGUGCUAGCUAUUGACUCUGUACAUCAGCUCCAUUAUGUCCACAGAGACAUCAAGCCAGACAACAUUCUGUUGGAUAUGAAUGGACACAUUCGGCUGGCUGAUUUUGGCUCCUGCCUUAAACUCAUGGAUGAUGGAACGGUGCAGUCCUCUGUGGCAGUCGGCACUCCAGAUUACAUCUCUCCUGAAAUCCUGCAGGCCAUGGAGGAUGGCAAGGGCAAAUAUGGCCCUGAGUGUGACUGGUGGUCUUUGGGUGUCUGUAUGUAUGAAAUGCUGUAUGGGGAAACCCCCUUCUAUGCCGAAUCUCUGGUGGAAACCUAUGGCAAGAUAAUGAACCACAAGGAACGGUUCCAGUUUCCUGCCAACAUUACAGAGGUGUCGGAGAACGCCAAAGACCUGAUCCGCAGGCUCAUCUGCAGCAGGGAGCACCGGCUAGGCCAGAACGGCAUUCAGGACUUCAAGCAACAUCCUUUCUUUUCUGGCAUUGACUGGGACAACAUCCGAAAUUGUGACGCUCCAUACAUUCCUGAAGUCAGCAGUCCUUCUGACACUUCCAACUUUGAUGUGGAGGAUGACUGUCUCAAAAACACAGAGACAAUGCCUCCUCCCUCAAUAGCAGCUUUCUCUGGACAUCAUCUUCCUUUUGUAGGCUUUACUUACACUAGUCAAUGCUCUUUAUCUGACUGUGGGUGUCUGCGCGAGUCUGCAGCACCUGUGCAGAUGGAUGUCUGUGUACAGCGCAGCUUGGAGGAGAGCCUAGCCACUGAGGCAUACGAGAGGAGGCUCCGCCGUCUGGAGCAAGAAAAAUUGGAGCUCAGUCGCAAACUGCAGGAGUCAACUAAGACCGUGCAGGCUUUGCAGCAUGCUGGAGAUACUCCCAUCUCUGCUAACAAGGACACUGAGAUCCGAAGCAUGAAAGAAGAAAUUGAGACUCUAAAGAAGCAGAUUGCUGACUCUGGUCAGUUGGAGCAGAAGUUGGAACAGGCCAGUGCAACACGGAAAGAUAUGGAGGAGUCUGCCAAACGCCUCUGCUCUUUAGAGAAACAGAUAAAAAUCAUGAAGCAGGAGAGAGAGAACAUGCAAAAGGAGCUGGCGGAGUCUGCAGAGAAGAUGAAGGCUCAGGGGAAGGAGCUGAAGGAGGCCGGGAGCCAGAGAAAGCUAGCUAUGCACGAGUACUCAGAGAUGAGUGAGCGAUUGACAGAGCUGCGUUCUCAAAAACAGCGUCUGAGUCGCCAACUACGAGACAAAGAGGAGGAGAUGGAUGCACUCAACCAGAAGCUGGAGGGCCUGAGGCUCGAUUUGCGCAAAGUAGAAAGAACAAAAAAAGAGGUGGAAGCCCAGGCUGAGGAGCAUGCUUUGGAAGCCCAGAAAGAGAAGAAGCUGAGGGAUCGCAGUGAACAGUACAGCAGGCAACUGGAGGAAGAACUGGCGGCAAUGAAGCAAAAGCAGGCUGGUCGCACCCCUUCUGCUGGAGCCCCUGAUCAACACCAGGAGCUCAGUAAGCUGCGUGCCGACCUGGAGAAGAAAACAGUGUUUUAUGAGGAGGAGAUGUCUCGUCGUGAUGUUCAACAUGCCAACGAGCUGAAGAGUCUGAAAAAGGAACUACGUGAUGCUGAUGCACAACAGCUCUCUUUAAACAAAGAAAUAAUGAUGUUAAAAGACAAGCUAGAAAAGACUCGCAGAGAAAGUCAGAACGAACGAGAGGAGUUUGAAACGGACUACAAACAAAAGUACGAGAGGGAACGAGUGCUGCAGAUGGAAGAAAACAAGAAACUGUCCAGUGAACUGGAUAAUUUGAUGAUCACGUAUACGAAGCUGAACAGCAAUCACAAACAGCUGGAGGAGGAAAUGAGGGAGCUGGCUGAUAAGAAAGAGAGUGUUGCCCACUGGGAAGCUCAGAUCACCGAGAUCAUACAGUGGGUGAGUGAUGAGAAAGAUGCACGUGGCUACCUCCAGGCGCUGGCUUCAAAGAUGAAUGAGGAGCUGGAGGGCCUGAGAAACACUAGUCUUGGUGCUCGCUCUACGGACAUGCCGUGGAAGAUGCGAAGAUUAGCUAAGCUAGACAUGUCUGCCCGCCUUGAGCUGCAGUCUGCGCUGGACUCUGAGAUAAAAGCAAAACAAACCAUCCAAGAUGAGCUCAACAAAGUAAAGGCCGCCAACAUGGCCACUGAGUGCAAACUCCAGGAUUCUGAACAGAGGAACCAGGAAUUACAGGCAGAGAUAGAGAGACUGAAACGAGAAACAGAAGAACUACGUUUGUCUAAGGGUGUAAAGCACCAAGAUUCACAGAACUCCUUCCUUGCAUUCCUGAAUGCCCCAAACUCUGCUGUGGAACACUUUGAGCGAUCUCCUGCCUGUGGUCAAGCCAGCAAAGGCAGACAUGUUGACUCCAUCGACAACUUCAGCCUGUCAAACACGCCGUCCCGUGAUGAUGAUCGCAAGUCCCAACUUGUAUCCCACUCUCGUUCUCCUUCCACCACCAGUGAUCUGGAGCCUCUAGAGCCGAUAGAUUAUCCUCAUAGAGGUACACAGACUCCGACCAUGCGAUCAGGAGGGUACAGCAGCUCUGGGUUUACCACACCUAAGCCAAAAGCCCACCAGUUUGUGGUAAAGACCUUCACUGCUCCCACCAAGUGUAACCAAUGCACAUCUCUGAUGGUGGGACUCAUCCGACAAGGCUGUAUAUGUGAAGUCUGCAACUUCUCGUGUCAUGUGACAUGUGCAGACAAAGCCCCCGCCGUGUGUCCUAUUCCACCAGACCAAACGAAAGGUCCACUGGGUAUCGACACACAGAAAGGCAUUGGCACAGCUUAUGAGGGCCAUGUUAGGGUACCUAAACCAGCAGGGGUGAAGAAAGGCUGGCAAAAGGCCCUGGCUGUUGUGUGUGACUUUAAAUUGUUCCUCUAUGAGCUUGCAGAAGGCAAGGUCGCACAGCCCAGCGUAGUGGUUAGUCAGGUCAUCGACAUGAGGGAUGAGGAUUUUUCUGUCAGCUCAGUACUAUCAUCUGAUGUCAUUCAUGCCAAUAGGAAGGACAUUCCCUGUAUUUUCAGGGUUACAGCUUCACAGCUGUCUGCAUCUGGCAGUAAAAAAUGCUCCAUCCUGAUCCUGGUUGAAAGUGACCAGGAGAAGAAUAAGUGGGUGGGACUGCUGAAUGAGCUACACCGUCUCCUAAAGAAGAACAAGUUAAAGGAGCGCUCUGUUUAUGUCCCUAAAGAAGCUUAUGACAGCACACUCCCUCUUAUUAAAACCACCCAGUCUGCUGCUAUUAUAGAUCAUGAGAGGAUAGCCCUGGGCAAUGAGGAGGGGCUGUUUGUCAUCCAUGUCACCAAAGAUGAAAUUAUCAAGGUAGGGGAUAAUAAAAAGGUCCAUUUGAUUGACCUGAUUCCCUCUGAGCAGCUGCUAGCUGUCAUCUCUGGCCGUAACCGCCACGUUCGACUUUUCUCCAUGGUGGCUCUGGACGAUCGGGACUCGGACUUUUGUAAGCUUCCUGAGACUAAGGGCUGCCAGACGUUGGUGUCUGGCACGGUGAAGCAUGGUGCUCGCCCCUGCCUGUGUGUUGCCAUGAAGAGACAGGUAAUCUGCUAUGAGCUCAAUAAGGGUAAAACACGGCACCGGAAGCUGCGCGAGAUGCAGGUGCCCGGGGUGGUGCAGUGGAUGGCUCUACAGGGGGAUAAGCUGUGUGUAGGUUACCAAGCUGGAUUCCUACGCUACAGCUUGCAAGGAGAUGGGCCUCCAAUUAGCCUGCUCCACCCGGAGGACCACACCCUGGCUUUCAUAGGGCAACUGGGUUUGGAUGCUCUCUGCGCUGUGGAAAUUUCCAGCAAAGAGUUACUCCUGUGCUUUAGCAGCAUCGGCGUUUAUGUUGACUGCCAGGGUAGACGUUCACGCCAGCAGGAGCUGAUGUGGCCGGCUGUGCCAACGGCCUGUUGUUAUAAUGCACCUUACUUAUCAGUGUACAGCGAGAAUGCCGUGGAUGUGUUUGAUGUGAACAGUAUGGAGUGGAUUCAGACAAUUCCUCUGAAAAAGGUUCAUCCUCUGAAUACUGACGGCUCAUUAAACCUGCUAGGGCUUGAGACAGUACGGCUAAUCUACUUUAAAAAUAAAACCGCAGAGGGAGACGAGCUGGUGGUUCCAGAGACGUCUGAUAACAGCCGGAAGCAGAUGGUGCGCAGUAUGACAAGCAAACGCCGCUUUUCCUUCAGAAUACCAGAGGAAGAGAGGCUUCAACAACGGAGAGAGAUGCUUAGAGAUCCUGAGAUGAGGAAUAAGUUGAUUUCAAAUCCAACCAACUUCAAUCAUGUUGUUCAUAUGGGUCCUGGAGAUGGGAUCCAAAUACUUAAAGACCUACCAAUGCCUGGUUCUCCUCUCCCCUCUCCCUGCCUGCGUCUCAUCUCAACUCCCACCAGCUUUGAGCAUGUCUAUCACAUGACUGUCACCUCUGCUGACAACUUCCUGUUCCAGGAUUCCCCACUUUCCUCCUACUCCCCAUCCCUAAGCUCUGCUCCUGGGACUCCUGCUUCCAUCAGCUCACUGAAUGUGCGUCCUCAGGAGAGCCGUGGAGUUUUGGGCGGCUCUGUCAGCAUCCCCUCUAUUAGCAAGGCCAGACCUGAACCAGGCCGGUCCAUGAGUGCCAGCAGUGGCCUUGGCACACGUUCAUCCUCGCAGAAUGGCAGUGCUCUUAGAAGGGAGUUCUCUAGUGGCAGUUAUGGCUCCAACAAGCGGCAGACGAUGACUUCACCCUCUGAGGGCUCGCUCUCGUCAGGGGGAGGCAUGGACUGUGCAGGUGAUGCCCCCCUGUCCCAGUUUGAUAGAGAGGAUUCUGAUUCUCCAAGACAUUCUACAGCCUCCAACAGCUCCAACCUUAGCAGCCCUCCAAGUCCAUCAUCUCCACAUAAAAGCAAGUCUCUUUCUCUGGAGCGCAGCGAGCAGCCAGGCUGGGAGUCCUGAGGCUUGUGCCAGGCAUUCAUCAUACUCACCCUGUACUCUGUACCCGCUCUAGAACAGCAGGAUGCCUCAAAUAUCUGGUUUAAACAAAAACAAGCAGCAAUGACUCUCAAGGAACUUAUACACUACAUUUGGGGCGGUGUGUGACAAGGCCCUGUAUUUGUUUGUGCAUGUGUGUGAAUGAGUUCACAUAAACAACUGCAACUCUAGUCUAAUACACACAUUUGAUUACAGCCUUCUUUUAAGCUAUUACAAAGGUUUUAACUCGCAGUGACAUACUAUUUUAAACUCUACGUUUAAAGAAUAAUGUAAAUGGCUAGAAUUCCCUGAUCAGAAACACUUAUAUACAGAGACCCUUUGCUUAAAAACCAGGUGAAUUUGGAGCAUGAUUAGAAAUUGUCAGCAAUUUUAGUAACUAAUUAAUGCUUAGAAACAUUUAUAACACAGAGACUAGAUCGUUCCCAGCCUCAGCACUACAUUUAAACUGACCUCGGCGCUCAGGUGCCACGCAGCUCUUGCAUAUGUAAAGCUCAGAAUACAAUAGAAAUAGAAUGAAUUAAAUAAUGUACAUAGUUUAAGUAGAGUAUAAUAUAUUAUGAAAAAUAACACUAUUGUGAAAAGUGACUUGGCUUGGAGAGUGCUAUUUUCUUUUGACUUCGAGAGUCAAAGUUUUUAAACAUUUAAACAAAAUACAGCCAUGUUAAUAUUAAACAAUUUUAGAUUUAUUUGAUCCACAAAUGUUCGUAGAUUCACUAAAUCUGCCUGGAGUUUGUUAGGGAGGUAUAUUACGGUAAAUAUACCAGGCACAUGCAUGCACACUCAGAUAGAUGUGUAGGAUUACACUUGAGACCAUAAUAGCAUAGAAACACAAUCCACCAGUUACAUACUCUUUGUGGUGAACGUAUCCAAAACUCAUCGCGGCCACCUCGUUCCUCUUCUUGCCUCCUUUAGUGCGCUUCAUAGUUCCUUUAAUGGAGCAAUAAUGCUGUUUCCAAAGAUGUUUUUGUUAAUUAUUACCGUUUGUCUUUUAUUUUAUGUUUGGUUUGUUUUAAAGACUGUUUUUAUGACUCACAAAUAACUCAAACCAUGAAACCAAACGUAGCCUGGGUGUGGCUGUACAUGUAUAUAAAGUAUAAUCUGUAUGUUAUCACAGGAUUGAUGACACUUUGAAGUCACUGUUGUGUGACACUCACAAACAUAAUCCAGUUAAGCUUUCGAGUGCUUCUCCCAAUUAGGGAGCAUUCAAGGGCUUGAACUUAUUCACUGGUGCAUUUAUCUGUUGCCUCUAUUUUGUUACUUUCUGUAGCCAGUAAUAAGACGUUCGGGGAGGCGGGAGGAAGGGGGUUAGUUUUAUUCCCUGAUGGCAAGGUGUGAAAUAAACUAUAAAUUAACAAUCGUUUUCAGGGAUAGUGCCUCGUUAGACCAUUAAGCACCCCUGGAUCUUUUUACCUCAAAUUUAUGAGGCAAGCCUUUAAUUAUAAUUUGCUUUCAAGCAGAACAACUUUCUGUACUGUAUCACUGAUUCCAUGCAAUCUUUUGGAUUUAUAUGCAUAGUGUUUUGUCAAAAAAAAAAAAAAGACUUAACUCAUGCAAUCAUUUUAAAUGUUUUUGGCAAUUUUAUGUGAUGAUUCCAUUGAAGAUAUUUGUAGGGUCCAUUAAUUCAUUACUUCCAGAUUUCCUGAUUUGUUUACAGGGGCAAGAAAUGAGUUUUUUAUGUAAAAGCACACCUUUGCAUCUGAAUAGAACAAAAGUAUGUGUUGGAACCGGUUAAAAUGGUCACUACAAUAUAUUGUCAGAAUAUUUUCACAGCUCUGUGAAUGCAUUGUAGUAUUUAAGGGAUUUCUGUGACUUGACGUCAUUAUAAACUUCACUAUGCUUUUUAUCCACUUCACUUUUAUUAACUCCAGAUCUCUGACACGCCUGAAGGACAUAAUGAGGGACAACUGUCUGAGAGGAAAAACUCAUCUAAACAGUCUACACUGGAGUUUCAGGCAACAGUAUUUGAGUAUACUGUUUUGCUAAGAUGAUUGAAAUUCACUGUGGACCAGUCUGAUAAACUCAGCACAUUGUUUUCUUAAGUUAGCAGCUGAUUUUCAGUGUGCGCUAUUGUUUAGGAUCAUAAUAAUGCGGUAUUACGUUGUCAUAUUUAUUCCUACUGAAUCUAAGCGAUAACACUCUUUAAUGUAAGCUUAAUGCAGAGUGCAUUUGCCUUGUGGAAUUGAGGCUGUGAUGGAUGAGAUGUUUAUAGAAGCGUGAUGGUACAACAGGUAGCCUUUUUGAAAUGUUACUCAGGUAUGUUAGAACCAAUGAUUUAUUUUAUUACAAUGAGAGAGAGAGAGAGAGAGCAGGAGGAGAACACAAUCGGACUGUUCCGUCUGUCACUUGGUGUUAUUUUUAGACUGUUGUCGUGUAGGCCAACAUUAGCGGGAGGUGCCUUAACUGAACUCGGUUACAAUGGUGGGUAGUGUGAUAUGAUUAUGGAUUAGACUUUUGGGGGUGAAUUGAAAACAAAUUGAUGGUUUACUCUGCCUUGUAUAUUACAGCUAUUUCAUAUCACUUAUUUUCAUUUUUUUUUUUUUUUGUAAGAAUAUGUACAGUUUUGCAUGUCAGGUGUAUUCACUUUAAAAUUUAAGGCUGGAUUUUCCAACUGUUUUUACCAUAUUUUAUUGAUCUGUGUAGUGUGGGAGCUUGGGAUGUGAACAAGAAUAAUACCACACUUUUUUGGCACAUGCUUAUUUAAGGUGGAUUGUCAUCAAGUUUCUAUUUAAUUAGCCACCAUUCUUUUCACAUUGAGAACUCGUAUCUUGACUGAUUUAUUUCAAUAAAAUGGGGAACUGUUACAAAACCAAA